CGGAGAAGUAUCUUUAUUAGAACGACGUCGUUUCGCACGACGCAUAUUAAAAAAAGGGAACACACCAUUUCCUAGAAAGGAACAAUGAUCGGAGAUAUCUCCCCGCCGGUUGCUUCAAUCCCAGGUUCACCGGAUCCUUUUGCUUUUGAUCUCUCUAUGUGUUUCAUGUUAAAUAUCGUGAAUCGAGAUUUCAUCGCGGGAAGAUAUGUAUGUGUAGUAGUUGUUGAAGGAAACGCGCAAGCGAUGAAUCCGAAGAAUCUUCUUCCGCCGCUAUCGACGGUGGCGACUCACUUCGGCACUAGCGGAUUGUCCGUCGCGUUGGCCACUGGCGUCACUCAUCCACUCGAUGUAUUGAAAGUAAGGUUGCAGAUGCAGCAUGUGGGCCAAAGAGGCCCUUUACUCGGAAUGACAGGAAUCUUUCUUCAGCUAAUGAAGCAGGAAGGGCCUAGGUCUUUAUACUUGGGUUUAACUCCUGCUCUCACUAGAUCAGUACUCUACGGUGGUCUCAGAUUAGGAUUAUACGAACCAACCAAGGUUUGUUUUGAUUGGGCGUUUGAGUCUACCAACGUCUUGGUGAAGAUAGCAUCUGGCGCGUUUGCAGGGGCGGUUUCCACUGCAUUAACCAACCCGGUUGAAGUUGUCAAGAUUAGGUUGCAGAUGAAUCCAAACGCGGUUCCCAUUGCGGAGGUGAGGGAGAUGGUUUCUAAAGAAGGUAUAGGAGCUUUAUGGAAAGGAGUUGGUCCUGCCAUGGUUAGGGCUGCUGCAUUAACUGCCUCACAGCUUGCGACAUACGACGAAACCAAGCGGAUUCUGGUUAAACGGAGUUCUUUGGAAGAAGGGUUUCAGCUUCAUUUGUGCUCAAGUGUGGUUGCAGGUGUAGUAAGCACUCUGAUAACCGCGCCCAUAGACAUGAUUAAAACCCGCUUGAUGUUGCAGCAAAACUCUGGAAGCGUCAGAAUCUAUAGGAACGGGUUUCAUUGCGGUUACAAGGUUAUUCGCAAAGAAGGCCCUCUGGCACUUUACAAAGGAGGCUUUGCGAUUUUUGCACGGCUGGGGCCACAAACGAUGAUCACGUUCAUACUCUGCGAGAAGCUAAGAUCACUAGCUGGACUUCACAAAAUGUAGCCACUGACCAGCUCGUGCCAUGCCUGUCCGGUUCCAGCUAAGUUCUACUCCAAUCAUUUUUUUUCACCACCAAAAGUUUUAUUGAUCAUUUAUUUGUUCCAAAACUUUUAUUAUAAAGAAAGGUACGUCCACGCUGGAUGUGAAUUAUGUUUUUUUUUUCUUGAUUAGUGUGGAUAGACAUUGAAUUGAAAUGCAAUUAUCCAAAUACGUCGUGGUUAUGUUGAAAUCAUUUCUAUAUUGCAAAGUGUGCGUCACUCUAAUAAUACUAGUCUCAUCAUGAAGAAUACAAUUUUGUGUUUAUAAUUGAAUAUUAACUUUUUUUUUUUUCUCUGAGCAACUGAAUAUUAACUAAUUAUCCAACUAAUUAUGGUGGAAGUUGGUUUUUAACCUUUUAUUUUAUUUUUUGGGGAAGAA